AUGUCGUGGUAUCAAGCAACUAUUAGUUUAAAAAGAAAAGCAAGAGGCUGUCAUUUAAUUACAAACGAAAUCAUGGGACAGGUUCCUGAAAUACGAAACUACAAAAUUGGAAUGGCAAAUAUAUUCUUACAACAUACAUCCGCGUCACUUUGUCUAAAUGAAAAUGCCGACCCGGAUGUACGUGUAGAUAUGGAGAUGGGAUUGAAUAAAUUAGUUCCUGAGAAUUGGCCUUACAUCCAUACAGCAGAAGGACCUGAUGAUAUGCCUGGUCAUAUUAAAAAUGCCAUGAUCGGCUCGUCUUUAAAUAUUCCUAUCACUAAUGGAAAGUUGAAUUUAGGGACUUGGCAAGGAGAAUAUGCAUCAGGAAGAAGAAUCGUUGUGACUUUGCAAGGAGAAAAAAAGUAG